AUGGAUUAUGAGAGUAUUCUUGAUAAAACAAGAAUAUUCAAUGACAAGAAUCUCUUAGAAUUGUCAAAAGAAGAUGUGGAAGCCUAUUUAUUAUUUUUAGGAUACACUAAACCACAUGAACUAUAUCAAAAAUCUUCCAAGAUAACAGAAAGAAGUAAUGAAGUUAAAAAUAUAAUAUUUCUUUUGCUUUGUAAAUUGUUACAAGAUUAUUCAAACUAUUUAACUUCUAACAAACUUCAAAAGAAUGGUAAUGAAGAGCUGAAAAAGGAGUUAAAAGGCUACCAUUAUGACCUAUUUAGAUGUUUAAUAGUGAACAUAGAAAAAAGAGCAAAACUGUCGGUUUAUAACCCAGUAUUUUUAAAAUUAAUACAAUUUAACAUCAAAGAAAGAAAUUUGAAUUUAAAUGAAAAUGAUUUGGAAUCACUUGAAGAGAAAGUUGAGAGCAUUUUGCGCUUAACUUCAGAGUUAUAUUUUAACUAUGGUUCAGAAAUCCAUGAUAAAAACUACCUAAUUCAGUUUAGCAGUAAUGAAUUAGGUGAAUUGACUAACCUGGUGUUAGCUGAUAUCAGUAUAUUUCAAGAUUUUCUGAAUAGUUUAAGCAAUAGUAAUGGAAAUGAUCUGAAGGUGCAAGGUAACAUCUGUUUUCUAAUAUUGAAGAGAAUAAGAGUGUUGUUGAGUGUAAUCAAAUUUUCAAAAAGGGCUAUUAACACCAAGUUCUUGGAACAACUCUUGGUGUUCAUUUAUGACCUGGAUCAGUUUAAGGAAAAAUUAAAGGUAAAUGGUUCUGAGACAUGUAUGGAGAAUGGAACUAAUGGAGUGGUUGAGAUUGAGGAAUAUAUAUUUGAAAUAAUUAAGGGAAGCGUAAAAGAUAAUGUACUACAGUUGAUGAGUAACUUUAGUAGUGAAGAAAAGGAAGAAGAAAAGGAAAGUGGGAAAAAAGAAAAAAUAUAUGGAUUGUUUUUGUUAUUGCCGAAAAUAGUUGAAAACAUACCGGAGAACCAAGAAACUAUUAAAAAUAUUUGCACUAAGCUGAGGUCUUUCGUUAUUGAGUGUGGUGAGAAAGAUAGUAAGACGAAUAAAUCCGAAGGGCCAUUAGUGGCCAUAAAAUCAUAUUAUAACAUACUGGUGGUGGUUAGGGAUAAAACCUUCUUAUUAAGUAUCAUCACUGAAUCAAUGGAGUUUAUAUUCGGUCAAUUAUUUCAUUUCUAUGAAACAAUUGGAACAACGGUAAGUAACCACAAGGAACGUAAGAAUAAACAAAGUAAACCAAUGAGACAAGAGUUGGACUACUACUGGAAAGUAUUGACAGUUGUAAGUAAUGUAAAAUUGGAGCUAGUUGACGAGAAUAUAGAAAAGGUGUUUGAACUCCUAAAAAAAGAUUUUCAAAUCUUUUCAACUAAUAACUCGGAAAAGAAAACUAUGUCACUGCUCCAAGACAUAUCCUGUUAUUACAAACGAAACCAAAGUGAUGAUAGUGAAUUUGAAAGAUUUUUAAAAAACUUGUUACUUCAGUAUAACAGCCUAAGCCAAUUAAGUUCAGUUUUCAAGUAUAUCAAUUUCAUUUCAAAAGGUAAACAGAGUGAAGGUGGAGAAGAUAUAGAAACGGGCGAUGAAAGAGUGCAGAAACGUAAGUUGAUAUUUGAAGAUGCACUAAAGAGUAAUUCUAAGAAAAAGGUUAAAAUUUCAGAAAGUGAUUCUAGUAGUGUAAAAAAUGAUAUGAAUGAGAAAUCAGAUAACGAGAAACCAUUUGAAAUUAAUUAUUUGAAUAAUUAUUCAAUUCUUAGUGCUAUAAAUCAACUAGAAGUUAAUAGUAACGAAAUAAUGCAUAACUUAAAGAUAAUGGAGGAGUUUGAUGUGGGACUAUAUACCAUUGUGGUAGCGUACCUGAGUAGGCUGGAGUUUAAUGCGUUGAAUGUAACAAAGCUAGCAAAACAAUUCGUGUCAUUUUGUUCAAAAAUUUCAGUGUCUGACGAUGUUGUAGGAUUGUCAUUGCUGUUGCAGCUGGUUCUUGUUUCAAGAAAAUUGCUUUCACUACUUAGUCCACAAGUGGACUCUGAAGAAGAACUUGAAGAUAGUGAAGAUAAAACCCUGAAAAAUGAGCAAGAUUUGAUCAAGAGCUUGUUAUUAGUGGUUUACAACGUUUAUGUUUAUGUGAAUGAGAAUUUUAACACUGACAAGAAUGAAAUGAUUUUCUUGAAUAUAAUAUACAACAUAAUGCUGGUGAACAAUGAUAAAUUUAGAGUUUCAGCUAAUUUCUAUCCUAAAAAUGAUAAAAAACAAGAAUUAAAAGAAGGUGAAGGAAGAUUAUUUAGGAUGGAAGUAGACCAUUUGUUAAUGAAACUGUUAGAUAAAUGUACAAGUAAGGAGGUUGUGGGAUUUAUUUUGGCGAGGAUUAAGUUGUUUUAUUCCAGAAACUUGAGUGAAAAGUUGUGUAAUUUAUGUUCAACAGAGCUAAGUGAGUACUACUCGAAUCUAAAUAAAGAGGUUUCAAUGUAUUGUUUCAAAAAAUUAAUUACAGAUAGGAAGAUAAAUAACGAGAAAUUGAAGAAUGUAGUAGUGUUGUUGGAGAAUAUAGUUGGAGUUGAUAACGAAGAAGUGAUAAAUAUACUGUUGACUAACAUAAAUACGAAAUUUAGAAAAUUGGCCUCGCCUUCAGCUGUGUUUGUAGAAAGGAUAACAAUAUUGUUGGAACUGUUGUUAUUCGUGCUAAAUUACGAAUUGUUGAUUAACGUCUCAAAAUCCUGUAAAGCAGUGGUUUCAAAUGUAAAAAACGUAUUUGAUAUAAUAGUCUGGCUUAAAACAGUAGUAGAUUCAGGAAGCAGGAUGAAAGUUGUUAAAAUGUUCGCUAAAUACUAUUCAGUGUUCACAGAAUAUAUAUAUAAAUAUACUAGGACAGGUAAUGGAAGUAGAGGCACAGAUAAAGAUGAUAAAGGAUUUAAAGAAACUUUUCUUCUAACGAAUAAUUUGCUGUUAAACUAUCUAAAAAAACAGAAGAAUGAAUCUAAAGCAUUUAAUGAAUCAAGUGGAUCUGAUAAUGAAGGUGAGGAGUAUUGGAAUGUGUAUUUUCUGUACCAAUACAUAAAGUGUUUGAAAGUAAAAAAUUUUGAUAUUUACACUGGCCUCUCAUUAUCCACAAUAUUAGAGAAUACUAUUGUGUCAUAUUUUAAUUCCAGAAAUGCCGAUGAGUCUGAUAAAGAAUUGAAUAAACUGGUAGUAAAACAGGAGAAUAUUGAGUUAAUGUAUAAUAGUGUGAAGUUAAUAGAUAAUAAAUAUAUAUCGAAUUUGAUACUGUAUUAUUUAAAUUCAAGAAAUUUCCAAUUUAAAGUGGAUUGUAAUGGAGAUAAAUUAUACAAGUUAAUGUUGUCUGUGAUAGGUGCUCUGAACAUUAGUAGUCUAUUAAGUGCUCCAAAGAAGAUUGAUGAAGUGAACAGGUAA